AUGGGCGCUGCAGGAGCCAUAGGCAGAGGACGUGGAUCGGCCCCGAGGAUCCCCAUCCGGGCUUCCCUGCUCCUCAUGGGGCUGCUGACCACAGGCCUGGCUCAGUUGCAGAUCCCUGCCUCAGCCUCCAGAGGCUUCUGGGCUCUGCCUGAAAACACGACGGUGGUGGAGGGGACUGCUGCUGAGCUGCAGUGUGGGGUCACUGCCCCUGGCAGUGCAGUGCAAUGGGCCAAAGAUGGACUACUUCUAGGCCCUGACCCUAGGAUCCCCAGCUUCCCGCGGUACCACCUGGCAGGCAACCCUACUAGAGGUGAAUUCCACCUGCAUAUUGAAGCAUGUGACCUCAGUGACGAUGCAGAGUAUGAGUGCCAGGUCGGCCGCUCAGAGACAGGGCCUGAGCUCGUGUCUCCCAGAGUGAUCCUCUCCAUUCUAGUGCCCCCCAAGAUGCUUCAGCUGACCCCUGAGGCGGGGAGCACAGUCACGUGGGUAGCUGGGCAGGAGUAUGAGGUCAUCUGUGUGUCUGGGGAUGCAAAGCCAGCACCUGACAUCACCUUCCUUCAGAGUGGACAAAUAGUUUCCGACGUCACUGCUAAUGUGAAUGAGGGAUCCCAAGAGAAACUCUUCACCACAGAGGCCACAGCCAGGGUGACACCCCAGAGCUCGGAUAAUGGGCAGUUACUGGUCUGUGAGGGGUCCAGCCCAGCUUUGGAGACCCCUAUCAAGGCCUCAGUCACCAUGAAUGUUCUGUUCCCCCCAGGACCCCCUGUGAUUGAGUGGCCAGGUCUGGAUGAGGGGCACGUGCGGGCAGGGCAGAGCUUGGAGCUGCUGUGCAUGGCCCGAGGAGGGAACCCGCCAGCCACACUGCAGUGGAUGAAGAAUGGCCAGCCCCUGUCCACAGCAUGGGGCACGGAGCACACUCAGGCAGUGGCCCGAAGCAUACUAGCAAUGGUCGUCCAGCCAGAAGACCAUGGGGCGAGGCUCAGCUGUGAGGCCCACAACAGCGUAUCCAAAGGGAUCCAGGAACACGGGGUCACGCUGCAGGUUACCUUUCCCCCCAGUGCCAUUACUAUCCUGGGAUCUGCAUCCCAGUCUGAGAACAAGAACAUGACGCUCUCCUGCAUCACCAAGUCCAGUCGCCCAAAGGUCCUGCUGCGGUGGUGGCUGGGCUGGCGGCAACUGCUGCCCACAGAGGAAACGGUCAUGGAUGGCCUUCAUGGUGGCCACAUCUCCAUGUCCAACCUGACAUUCCUGGCACGACGGGAGGACAAUGGUCUGACCCUCACCUGUGAGGCCUUUAGUGAGGCCUUCACCAAGGAGACCUUCAAGAAGUCACUCACUCUGAAUGUGAAAUAUCCUGCCCAGAAGCUGUGGAUUGAGGGGGCCCCUGAGGGACAGUUCCUGCGGGCUGGAACCCGGGUGAGGCUGGUGUGUUUGGCGAUUGGAGGCAACCCAGACCCCUCCCUCACCUGGUACAAGGACUCCCGCACCGUGACCGAGCCGCGGCAGUCCCAGGAGCAGCGGCAGCCCCAGGAACCGCGGAGGGUGCAGCUGGGAAAUGUGGAGAAGUCGGGGAACACCUUCUCCCGAGAGCUGGCGCUGGUCACCGGCCCGUCGGACAACCAGGCCAAGUUCACGUGCAAGGCGGGCCAGCUCAGCGCGUCCACGCAGCUCGUGGUGCAGUUUCCUCCAACUAACGUGACGAUCCUGGCCAACGCGUCAACGCUGCGCCCCGGGGAUGCCUUGAACUUGACGUGCGUCAGCGUUAGCAGCAACCCUCCGGUCAACCUGUCCUGGGACAAGGAAGGCGAGAAGCUGGAAGGCGUAACCUCAUGGCCCCGGAACGCCCCAUUCAAAGGCUCUGCCGCCGUCAGGAGCAUCCUUCUGAGAAUGUCAUCUGGUGACCACGGCCACCGUGUGACCUGCCGCGCCCACAGCCCCGAGCUACGGGAGACUGUGAGCGCCUUCUACCGACUCAACGUGCUGUACCCUCCAGAGUUCCUGGGGGAGCAGGUGCUUGUGGUGACUGCAGUGGAGCGGGGCGAAGCGCUGCUGCCCGUGUUGGUGUCUGCCAACCCCGCCCCGGAGGCCUUCAACUGGACCUUCCGCGGUUACCGCCUCAGCCCAGCUGGCGGGCCCCGGCAUCGCAUCCUGUCUGGCGGAGCUCUGCAGCUGUGGAACGUGACCCGCGCUGACGACGGCCUCUACCAGCUGCACUGCCAGAACUCAGAAGGCACUGCUGAAGCUCUAGUGCGGCUGGAUGUGCACUAUUCUCCCACCAUCCGGACUCUCCAGGACCCCACUGAGGUGGAUAUUGGGGGUUCUACAGACAUAGUUUGCACCGUUGAUGCCAAUCCCAUCCUUCCGGGGAUGUUCAGCUGGGAGAGACUGGGAGAAGAUGAAGAGGACCAGAGCCUGGAUGACAUGGAGGAGAUAUCAAAGGGAUCCACUGGGCGUCUUCAUAUUCACCACGCCCAGCUGGCUCAAGCGGGUGCUUACCAGUGCAUCGUGGACAAUGGGGUGGCACCUCCAGCCCGAGGGCUGGUCCGUCUUGUCGUCAGAUUUGCCCCCCAGGUAGAACACCCCACUCCCCUAACUAAGGUGGCUGCAGCUGGAGACAGCACCAGUUCUGCCACCCUCCACUGUCGUGCCCGAGGUGUCCCCAACAUUGUCUUCACUUGGACUAAAAAUGGAGUCCCUCUGGAUCUCCAGGAUCCCAGGUACACAGAGCACACAUACCACCAGGGUGUAGUCCAUAGCAGCCUCCUGACGAUUGCCAACGUUUCUGCAGCCCAGGAUUAUGCUCUCUUCACAUGCACAGCCAGCAACCCCCUCGGCUCAGACCACACCAACAUUCAACUCGUCAGCAUCAGCCGCCCUGAUCCUCCAUCUGGGUUAAAGGUUGUGAGCAUGUCCCCACACUCAGUGGGACUGGAGUGGAAGCCUGGCUUCGAUGGGGGCUUGCCACAGAGGUUCCAAAUCAGAUAUGAGGCUCUGGAGACCCCAGGGUUCCUCUACAUGGAUGUCCUACCACCCCAGGCCACCACCUUCACACUGACUGGGCUGCAGCCUUCUACUCGAUACAGGGUCUGGCUGCUGGCCAGCAAUGCCCUGGGGGACAGCGGACUAGCUGACAAAGGAUCCCACAUCUCUGUCACCACCCCAGGUCUAGACCAGCCUUCUGGAGAAUCUGACUACCAACUGCCCACAGAGCAGCCUGCAGACUCCUUAGAGCUGCCCCUGAUGCCUGUGCUGUUCGCUGUUGGGGGUCUUCUGCUGCUUUCUAAUGCCUCUUGUGUUGGGGGGUUCCUCUGGCAGAGGAGACUGAGGCAUCUUGCUGAAGGCAUCUCAGAGAAGAUAGAGGCAGAGUCGGAGGAGGGCCCAAUCGGGAAUGAAUAUGAAGAGAGUCAGCAGACUGGAGACCUGAACAAUCAAAGCUCCACGGUUACCACAACAGAUGUAGAGCCAUAUUAUCACUCCAUGAAGGAUUUCAGCACCCAGCUGCCACCAACACUGGAGGAGGUAUCUUAUCCCAGAGGUUUCACAGGCUUUGGAGAGGAGAAUAUGGCCUUUCCUGAGAACCUAUAUGAUGAGGUAGAAAGACUGUAUGCCCCAUCUGGGGCCUGGGGACCCCUCUAUGAUGAAGUACCAAUGGACCCCUCUGACCUCAGCUGGUCUGAGGACAAAUAUGAGGAUUCAAGAGGAAUCUAUGAUCAAGUGGCAGGAGACUUGGACUCUAUGGAACCUGAUUCUCUACCCUUUGAGCUGAGGGGACAUCUGGUGUGA